ACGAUUCAUUCAUUCGGAGCCCUGAGAGAGCAGCCAGCAGUAUACCCUGUCCAGCGAUUGCAAAUCAUGUUGCAAUAGUUUGUCCGAGGAGCAUCGAAUCGUGGUGGCUCAUACACCUGGCGCAAUCAUAGACGAGAGAUAUCCCUUCAACGAUGGAACUUGCUGGUGCAUAGUAGAAGAUAUGGAUUCGGUGUUUGGUUCGCUUCGCCUGCGGAAAAUGCAGUUCUUUGGCUGAACGAUCUCCAAAAUCCAAGAUCUGGUUGGUCGAGAUGCUUCCAAACCAAGGCGUCGUUCAACACCCUCGUCGAUAAUCAUUGAACAUUAUCCUUACUGUCGAAAUGCUUCCAAAUACACUUGGCAGGCCUUCCGCUCCUCCUACGGCCUUAUUGCUGACCUUCAAAAGUGUACUAACUAGCCUUGACGCCAUCGAGAGCCGGUAUAUGACUCAAUAUGACACUCGUUAGAUCUUUCCGCUCACUUUCAAACAGCCAUGGCACCACUGCUAGCCUCCUAUGCCAUGCGGUCGCCGGGCUUGACUCGGUGGGAGUGUUCCCAUGCUCCAAGUAGAUAUGGACCACGCCGCCCAGUCACUCGGGCUUUCGAGAAAGGUGGUGGGAAAGAUGACUCGUCUAAUUGGAAAAGGAGAAGCCUACAAUGCCAUCGUCGUCGUCCUCAAGGCGUGGACGACCAAGAACCAGUAGCACCACCAACCAGGAGUUGCUCUGGGUCAAUCGGACGCCAGAGUCUGAAACACUAUCGACGACUCGACAGGAAAGAGAAGCGCUCCGUACCAUCACUAGCCAUGCUCGACAAUGGCGUGCUGCUCUGCGCCGUCAACAGAGACUAUAUAGCGCUCAGACCGAAGCGACUCGUGCACAACGUGUCGUUGGCUGGGGUAGGCCGGGCACCCUUUCCGAGACCAGCUCUGCAGAGACCUCCGCUGCACCAUCACCUCCAGCACUGGUCACGUCAACCACAGGAACCAUGGCAGAUCAGUUCGCAUACCUCGAAACACCGAACGACACAUGGUGGUCGCACAAUGCCUUCCAGUACUCGGUGCAAGUUUGGUUGCCUUACAUCUUCCAGGACCUCGACUUAAUCGAUGAGACAUGGCCCUCCACUUCGUCGCAGUCCAUCCCCGAUACGAUCAACCGCAUCGUCCAAGGCUGCUUGGCCAAUAGAAUGCAUAUGUACGCUCUUCUCGCAGCAAGUAGCGGGUUCAUGAAGUUCGUGCUGCGCCAGCAAUUGGACAGACAUGACGCGCCGGAGUACUGCAUGGGCAAGGCACUACAGCAUCUGCGGCACCAUCUAUCCGGCCCAAGUCACCCAAUGCCGCAGGUCGAUGAGUUGCUGAUUUUCGAUUUGAUGGCCCUAUCCAUAUUUGAGCUGUAUGUAAAGAACCCCGAGGGCGCGAGAACACAUUUCAAUAUGGUCCACCAUCUCGUGCAGAUGCUGGGAGGUGCAGAAGACCUUGAAACACCGCUACGAGCGCUGUGCCGGUCGUGGGAUCUACUGGUCGCUUCUGCAAGCGGAGAACCACCGUUUAUCGGCCUAACGUGGGACCCGGGGUCGCUACCCUCAGCACAGAUGAGAGAUGUGAUUUUGCUGGAGUUGGCCAGGCAUGGGAUUGUGCCUAGCGGUGUCGGCCUGAUACAGUUUGCCCAUGCAGGGACGGUGCAUAGCGAACUGAGAACAGCUGUGAUAGAUGUUGUUCAGUGGUUUCAGGUCAUGCAGCAUUGUCAGUUGCAGAAAUACGUGCAGAGCCCGACGGAAUGGUGGGCGAGACGGCGGGCGUAUGCGCUUGCGCAUCGGUUGUUAUCGAUUUCAGCGCCGCAAGCGGGCUCACCUGGGCAUGUGGAGGCGUCCCUGCCAUUGUCGGAGAGUCUACGUCAAGCCUUGUUGCUUGUUAUAUCAGACAUGGGAGCCUCGCGGGUGGCCAGUGCGGACGCUACGUCUGCGUGCGUGAGGGAAUCGUCGAGAUUCUCAUGGGCAGAUGCUGGGAGGCUCUGCCAGGCCCUGAUCAAUUUCACCGAGUCAGGGGAAGAUUGGCAGGAGGAGCACGAUGAAAAAGUGUUGUGGAUGGCUUGUCUUGGAGCACAACUUGCCCAGAAAGAUGAGGAUCGAGAUUGGUUUCUCGGCCUCGCAAAGGAUCUUGCACGCCGGCAAGGUCUCAGAAGCAUGGAUGACGUGGUCCAACUUAUGUCGAGGUAUCUCCAUCGAUGCGAACCGAGCGGUGUGCCGCGGCUGAGUGGACUUGAGGAUGUUUGGGACGACCGAGCCUGACGAGCCUGAAGGAGAAGUUCUCGCAUGGCUAAUUCAGAUGGGCAGCUCGACUUGAUGUCUGUCCGUGGAUGCGGAAUUAGAGGUAAUGCUGCUAUACUCUUCGAUGCGAUGCGCCUACUAACCGCAGUGGCGACAUUUCAAUCUAACGACGAUGGUCUAGUCUGACUGACUGUCAGAUCAUUUUGUUCGACUAUUAGGCGGUGUUCUGGUGCGCGAAAGGCGGCAUCGGAUGGUUUGAUUCUUGAGUCUUCGUUCCGAUAUAUGUACUUUUAAUAAUACCACCAAGUGCUGUUGGGAACUUAGCUAAGUUAGUAG